AAUGAUCAAUAAAAUGGUAGUUAACAUAGAAUUUCGGCUAAAAAGUCAAUAAAAUUCAAUUAACCACAAACAAAAUGUGCGAAAUAAAUUAUAAAUACGAUUGCAAUCAAUAAUGCCACAAACCGAGACCACUCAGUUAUGAUGACCUAUGAAUAAUUAAGUUUACCGAGACGUACCAAUACAAUACAUUACGUAGGGUACGAAAAUAAAUGAAAUUCCAAUAUUUCUUACCCACCUGAAGGCUUCUGACGCGCUAACAAUGAACGUUUAUGAUACUUGGCAUUAAUCAUAAUCGAUGGUCAAGUGCCCGUCAUAUACUUGAAGGUAUGCGUAAAAUAUGUGGCCAAGAAAACCUCAAAUUGAUAUUCAUACAAGUCGCUGAAGACGUACUAAAAUAGUGCCCAUUCAGUUUGUGUCGAACAGUGAAAGGAAGUACAAUGGCACCCAAAAGCUAAACAUUUUUCGUCUUCAGGAAAUUGUUGUUGAAAAUGUGGUUUGUUACGUUACAGAAGAUAUUUAAAGUGGUUGCGUGAGGAGGAGUAAGUUCUCCUCACAGGAUAUAAAAAUUAAGUGUGAAUUAAUUAGUCGUGGGUUUGGUCGUUUUUGAACAUAGUAAAUAGUAAUAAAUACUGCUGGGAAUUGCUUAAUUGAAUUAUACAAAACAAAUUCAAAAAAAAUUAUUUUUUUUAUAUAUGGCUUCUGUAAUAAAUUGAGUUUAUAUUCUCUAUUAGUUAUUAAUAUUUUGUAUAUAAAGAAGAAAUGCUUGUUAUUAAUGAAAAUCGUUAUCAAUACGUGUACUUUGUUUUCUCGGGCUUGGUAACAAGUGCAAUAAUUAUUUUAGCUUACAUAUCCAUAAGGACAACAGUACAUGAUAAAUUUAGAGAUGAUAUUAAAAUCAUACAAAGUUCCCUAACAUUGUUGAAACCAGCAACAUCUUGGCAUUAUAACAAUUCCUGGAAGCACAUAGGAAACUCCUCCCGUGGUCAUGAAAUCUAUUCUGCUUACUUUGAUAUGCGAACUGAUGUGAUAGAUACUUCAGAGUCCAUAGAUUACACCAAUGUACCCAUUGGUUCAUUGCGUAUAUUUGCCAUAUUGCCUACAAUGUUUAAGGAUACAAUACAAUGCAUUGUCAGAUUUGAUGAUUUCACAUUGAAGUACAUUAAAGCUGCGGAAGUCAAAUCCAUGCAUGAGAGUCACGAAAAGCCUUUUGCGGCAUUCACAAUAAUGUGUCCACUCUACGUCAGUCGGAACAUAAGCACAGUACAACUUCCUCAAGCCGUUGCUUUAUCCUAUGCCACAAAUCGUCUCAGCUCUCUCAGUCCUACUUUUAUAGAAAUAAGCUAUGCUCGUAAUAUGACGCUAAUGUUUCAGCAAACUAAACCCACAAUCGCUGCCUGCGUCGGACCAUUGCAAUUUCAUUACAACGAAGCUUUACGUGUGGCGGAAUUUGUUGAAAUGUAUCGAAUAUUGGGUGUGACCCAUUUCUAUUUUUAUGUCAUGGAUGCCACUGAUGAGGUUAAACAAUUAUUAGCUCACUAUCGUGACAUUGGACUGGCAGAUGUGCUUUCCUGGAAUAUACAUAAAGAACUUGAUGAUGUUCACUACGGCGGCAUUGUUGCCCAAUACAACGAUUGCGUUUUCCGUGCUAUGGUGGUGGAUAAUUUUCGCUAUGCAGCUGUUAUAGAUUUUGAUGAAAUAAUUGUGCCACUAAAACAUAAUUCUUUAAUGCAUUAUUUGCGACAAUGCGAUGAAGGACGAACAUCUGGAUUCGUUUUUCGAAAUGUAUUUUUCUAUAAAAAGGACAGCAACGAUACAUUUAGCAUUCCAUCACAUAUAAAGAAUAGAUUUCUCUAUACACAAACGAAAGUUCGUCGAACUGUCGAAAUUAUGCCCGCCUACGAUCGUAGCAAAUGCAUAGUAAAUACUCGUGCUAUAGUAGAAAUGGGAAACCAUAAUGUGUGGCGCUCAGCUCCAGGAUACUCCGAUAGUAUAGUUCAUCAAACUGUUGGUCUUUUAUUUCAUUAUCGGGAUCAUUGUAUAAACUGCAAAGCUAUUCUCGUUGUGGAUUAUACAGCACGAAGGUUUGGAUCUUUGCUGUGGGAUCGAGUUGAUCGAACGUGUCUGGAAGUUUUUAUAGAAAAUGGCGGUAUUUGUCCAAUGAGUUAAUGAAUUUAUUAUACGUAAUACUU